UUUCGAAUGGAUUAUAUGUGGGCACACUCAUAUAAGACCUUCUAUAGACUGCAUGACUUGGCUACCAAUUGGCAGGAAGCCCGACAAAUGUGCGAAGCGGAAGGCACAACAUUACUCAUCCCCGAUACACUGGACGAAAUGGAAAACUUAAAACUACUGAUGAGUAACAUGAAGGCACACUACACGGCCAUAUUUGUUGGAAUUCACGAUAAAUUUUCUGUUGGCUAUUAUGUCACCGUUAAAGGAGAACCAAUAACUGGCACUAUUUUGGAAUUACUCUGGGCUGAAGGUCGACCAGAUAACCUCAACGAUACAGAACAUUGCGUUGUUAUGACAAGAGAAGGUUUGUUCGAUGAUCGCCCAUGCUCUGAUAUAUAUCCUUUUGUAUGCAAAAUACUAGGAAACGAGACGAAAUAUAAUGAGCUAUGCGAUAACUUUGAUCCAGGAUACGCUCCCCAUCAAGCGAUAAAUGGUAAAUGUUACAAGUUUCACUCGGAACCGUUGUCUUGGCAUGACGCCUACUUGGCUUGUAAAUUGGAAGAAGGACGUCUAGCUAUAAUCAACUCACCCAAGGAAGCGAGUAUAAUCGUCGGCUUUCUCGGCGAACAUUUAAAUAGUAACAUUCCAGAUCCAAACAUUUUGUACAUCGGCUUCAGUGAUCUGAUGUUCCCAUAUCAAUAUAGAACUAUUGAAGGUCAAACCCUUGACGACGCCGGCUACGCAUCAUGGAGUCCUAUGAAAGAGGGCAACAAGGAAAUAAAAGUAAAACGUUGUGGAGCGAUUUCUAGAACUGGUUUCCUUAAAAUUACGUAUUGUGAUCGACCGGCAAUGUUCCUCUGUGAAAAAAUCCUAAACGGAACUGUGAAUUCAUUAUAG